AGCUUGUCCCUACCGCGAUCCAGCUUCCUCCAAAGCAACCAGGCACGCGCCGACAUCGCCUGCAUCCGUCCAUACCCGUUGGUUGGUUCCAACCGCUGCCGCUUCGAAGCACGUACGGCACACGACAGUCAACGAAAGUCGUUGGGCAGCGAGCAAAACCGAAUCUGCACCUCCAUCGGUUACAUGAUUUCUCGGAAUUCAGAACAGCUUCAGAGCCGCAGCUUCGCUGUGGUUCAGACCAGUAAUCAUGCCUAUCGCACACGACGACCUCAACAAUCAUGACGAUGUUCUUGAACCCCACGACAUGGAGAGUACGAUCCUCGGCCGCCCUCGGCCGCCCUUGAGCCGUCUGUCAGAGGAGAGCUUGAGAACUGAAUUCUGCGAGGGGCCUAUCCCGGAUAGCCCGCAAAUGAUGCCUAGUCGCAAGUCGGACGAAGACAUGACUUCCAGUCGGGAAGAGCUGAUUGAGAAGCUUAAGAAGGGUGAGAGCCUAACCUGGGUACCGAGUCGUCACCUUGAAACCCUCCUGCGCCGCCAAAGCCCCGAAGCUCAUUGUCCAAGGAACACCCAAGCGCUGGCCGACUCCCCAGAACUGCAACCCGCAAUGGAAAUCACACCAGACAAAAUAAAGUCGCAGGCGGCACCCGACGCGAGGGUUCGAGAUGGCAUGAGUCUGGAGAGACCUGGGUCGGCUUUGCACUCGGGGGAUUUCACGGACGACGAUGGUAACGAUGCGAACAGGAGGUCCCAUCCGCGCCGACCACAGCUCGACACAUGGGCAGCCACCUCGCCCCCUCGAGAUUUCACGUCUUACUUGCGGCACGGCCGAGGCCAAGGUGUUUCCAGAUCUCGCCGUCGUGACUCGAUACCUGUAGGCACUUCGCCGCACUCUAUAUCCUCUUCCCUCUCAUCGAGCCUUGCCUUCCAACCGCCAACGAGCCCUCUGGUGUGCUCAGAGACGAACGAGGAUCUAGAAAUAGCCGAGGCGCUGGAUCAUAUGGAGAUCCCUUCCCCGACGCCUAACAUGCGGAGGCAUACGUUUUACGCUGCGCAGUCCUCGCCUUACGCAUCGCCUUCGGCCAGAAUGUCGUCGCACUCCAAUAUGCCAACCCACAGACGCCAAGGAUCCUUUCCCACACAAGCGCACCAGCCCAGACGGUCUCUGAGCUUCCUGAAUGGCGGCGAAGCGACGUUGUCACCGCCGACACCAAACAUGAUGCGAGCUGCCCGUCGGUCAUCACUUGGUACGGAUGCUUCACCCCUCUCACGGCACGCUGCAAUGGUUGGCUCGUAUGAGGAGAGCAUACUUCGCGGACGCAUGUCAACAACGCCGUCCAAACCUCUCGACUUUAUGGCUCAAAUUGCGGUUCUAGGGAUGGGAAAGUGCAAGUCGAGUCUGCGUUGCCCAGCGCACGUCACCCUUCCGUUCCACGCAGUUUACUACAGCUACAACACUACUUCCCAUGGUCGGCCUACGUCUGACGACAGCCCCAGCCCUUAUGUUGGACAAAUCGACCUCGAGAACGGGCUUCCUAACCAGGAUGAUUCCCGCUCGAGGAGGAAAGCACAAAGCCGCUGCAGCGGCCGGAAUUCCAUGGACAUGGCCAUAGCUUCUUCAGCGUGCGAAGAAGAGAUGGAGUCACAUCGACCUCAAAAGUCAAGGAGAACAUCUGCUGCACCUAGAGCACCACCAGGAGGCAGCUACCGCAUACCCGAAAAGGGACAGCUCCAGAUCAUCAUCAAAAACCAAAACAAAACUGCUGUCAAACUUUUCCUAGUGCCCUACGACCUUGCUGGCAUGGAGCCUGGCACCAAAACAUUUGUUCGUCAGCGAUGCUUCUCUGCCGGCCCGAUCAUCGACGGCGUACCACCCAUCGGCUCUGGUCCUCCCGAUAAACAGACCCUGCGCUACCUCAUUCAUCUCCAUAUAUGCUCGCCGUCCAGAGGGCGUUUCUAUCUCUACAAGAGCAUCAGGGUCGUCUUUGCAAACCGGGUACCUGAUGGUAAGGAAAGGUUGCGAAGUGAGACAACGUGGCCUGAGCCUCGUUUCACACCUUACAAAGCCAUCAGGGUGAUGCACCCGCCAAUGUCUACGGGAGCUGGCGCCGGGGCAGCUCUUGCUGCUGACAAGGCCUUCCGAAGGCGAAGCUCGGGAAUCUCAUUUCCCAGUAUCCCGCGCGACUUGUCGGAUGGCGUGUCCCCCUCAACUCCCUAUCCAUUCGCAUCCGCCUUGGCUUCGGGCCAUGCAACCACAGUCGAGCCGAUCCCUUUCACGUCCCCGGUUCCAGAGCGACCCAACAGCGAAGCAAGCAACGCGGCCAACGACCCAAUGGAGGGCAUUCGAUUGCCCGAAUCACGAGAUGUGACUCGUCCCUCAAGCGGCGCUUCGAGCGCUGGACCAGUCUGGGAGGCCGGUCAAUACGCAAAGCUUAGCAAGGGCGACCAGGGGUACGGCAUUAAUGGGUUUGCCUCUGGCAGCCCAGGCUCAGAAGGAUUGCUCUCCCAGCGACUGCGAUCGUUGAGACCGAGUUCACCAUCUGACGAAGGCUGAGUGACCUUCUCGCCGCCAUGCCAACCACAAGGGCCAUGGGGCUUCCGGGUGGUGUUCAAGCGUUUGGUAUUUCAUCUGGUAAUUUGCACAUAAUAUCCACGGGUACUUGAUACAGCGUUGCAAAUCGCUCGGAAAGCGCGAGCGUGUAUUAUAAUUCCAGCGGUGAUGUACAAUUAA